AUGUGCGAGGAGCGUCACGAUGGUCCAAGUGCCGAAGCGGCCUACUUCUUCCCCUCGUUUCCUCCAUGCCCCGCCAAUCACCAGACCAAACCCUUCGCUCAAUGGCAGCCACAAGGUGUCUACCUCGCCGUCCGCUCCAGCUCGACCCAGCACAACCGUGACAGUCAUGGCUUGACGUUUGCAUCUGGCCAGUCCGUCGAUACGAACGCACCCGAGGCUUCAGAGGAGCGGGCCAAGGAGCGAAAACUGCGUCAGCUUCAAAAGGGAAAGCUCGGCGUGAGGGUUCUCAAGGAGGACUGCUUCAAGAUCGGUUUGCCAGACUCUGGGUGGACCGAGCCAGAGGGAACGAGCAGGUCUGAUUACGAUAUCUCGCUUCCCCCUUUCACCAGGCUCAUGAGCGCCACAAGAGACUUUCUCAACUCACGAAAUGAAGAGUUUCAGUUCAACCGGACCAAGCGCUUGAUGGACUCGGUACGCAAUGCCUUUGGCGUCCGUGCAGAAAUCCCGGGCCAACACUGUAAAGGCUCUGGAGAGUUUGGUGUCAACUAUCAACCCCCAAGCUCUCUGAUGAACCGGAGGCGCAAGGCAAAGCUACCCCAGCAAAAGACAUUGAUCGAGCAGCCGGACGCCGAAGAGGAGACGUGCCCGCUUCUGCGGGAUCCUGUCACUUCGGUUCGCGGUUUCAUGGCUCUCGUCCGGCGAGACGCGGAAGCGGGAUGGGAUAUCGCACCAGCUCUUCAGCUUGCAAGCGUGGCAUCAGCCUUCAUUUGCUUUGUCGAACACCACAACGCCGUGCCCGAGCUCGCCGAAGCCUUCGCCAAAGCCGCUCAAUUGGCCCGCAGCGCGAUCAACUCCUUGGCGGAGGCCAAGAUGUUCGAAGAUAUUAUCGGCCGCGGCACCAACCUCAAUCGCGCGCUGUGGGCCGUCUAUGGAGGCCAGUGGCAGGGGCCGGAGCGAGGUGGUCUGGAGCUGGAGCCUGCCAGUGAGACUACACCAGUGGUAGAGGAAACGGGAAGCGACGGAGGGUGGGAGGUUGAACAGAUUCCCGACCUGCGACCGUCUCCGCCCAACGCCGAAGAUGCUCGCAAGUCCCUCGAGCCUCACUUGCAACCUCUCGACCCAAAAAGCGUCAAGAUGCUCGGCUACAUCCCGUUUAGCCGUCGCAAGGUCAUCUCGGUCUCGCCGCCGUCGUCUCAGCUGUCUCCCGGGGAACCGACCUUCAAGGGGCAGCUUGGUCGUCUCGUGACUGUCGCAGCCCCUUGGACGGUAGAGGAGCGAUGGAGGGCGAGGGCAUCGGCCGUAGAGUCGGACGACGAUGGGGAGGAGAGUGACGAAGAAUCCGACGGCUUUGAGCUCGAAAAGGAAAAGGCGACCAUCGACGAGCCCAAAGAGCUCGAGAUUUGGUACGAGGCCGACCAAUUCGAGGGAGACCAGUCCUGCCUGGUCGGGGUGGGGCUGAGAGGUCGGUGGGCGUUGAUGGGGGCCGAGGACGGUCCUCGGUGGUGGAGCUUCAAGGCGAAAGACUUCGUUCUUCCCGCCUUCUGGCAAUCUUAG